AUGAGCACAAAGAAGGAGAAGGAUGCUGAUCACUACUGUGUUCAACCCGGAACAGUGCUGCGGGCGAUAAAAACAUGUAACAAAUAUGAUGAGCAGUUUUCAGAUGAAAACCUUGUGAUUCAGAAAAAGAAGAAACUUGCUAUUGCAACACAUUUACCUUGUACUUGUAUUAGGGAAGAUGUGUGUCUGAUCUUAUCGCAUGAAAAAGAAAAGAUUGAAGAGACCCAAGGCCAAAAUGAGGAACCAAUACAGUCAAAGGAAAUGUAUUCUGUCUUCUGUAUUGAUAGAGAAGGUGGAGAAAACACUAGAACAAAGCCGUUUAUCAGAAGCCAUGCUUUCAGUAGGUUCAAGUAUCUGUGUGUGUAUGGGGAGAAGGGUAGGGAGAUGACAGUGGACGACGCUCUGAAAAGAGAUGGACGCUUCAUUGAUGAUCUUGGCAACUUCACUCUGUCUGACAACAAGGAUCCAAUGAAAAGCACUGGAUGUACACAACGUGUUGAUAACCUGCAUGGAAAAUAAUUCAAGUUGUGUCUUGAAAAGAAAGCACUGGACCUGAGGAAGGAAGACUUUGGAAAGAUCCAACAGUCGUUCAGCGACGUUCACAGAGUCAGAGAGCUGAUUAAACUGGGAGAGUCAGUUUGUGUGAUUGUGACUCCAUUUAAGACUGGAACAGGGUUUGUGUUGUUUGACAACUUCAUCUUGACUAAUGCACACCUGUUUGAAGAUUGUGUUGAAGAAGGAAACAAAACGCUGAAGGAUGGUACAAAGGUGUUUGUUCUCUUUAACUAUGAAGAACAGCACACAAAUUACCACUACUUUAAUCUGGCUGACCUUAACAUCCGCUACUGUCAUGAUGACCUUGAUUAUGCCAUACUUCAGCUUAAGCCUGUCGGCAAGAAAAACAACCCAGACACAACUGAAGUCACAGAAAAGAAGGUGCCACCAGGGCUCCUGAAGAAGUUUGGUCCAAUGCCUAAGAAUGGUGACGCCUGUGUCAUUGGUCACCCAGAUGGAGGAGUAAAAAAACUGGAUCCAACAUCUAUCGUUGAGAUAGAAACCAGGGAGAAGGCUGUUGAGGAUCAAUUAGAGCAGGGUCCACUAGCACCCCCCUUUGCACACUUUGUGAGUAAACUGAGGGAGAAUGGGGAGGAGGAGCUGUUGAAGAGAGUUCAGAAAGUAGCAAAGGGAAACUCAGUCCUAAAAAAGAUACUCAACCCCGACUUAUGA